GUUGACUUUAUGAAACCUGGAGCCAAAAAGCAGCUUGGAACUGUUGGCCUGAUACCUUGCUUACAGAAGUUUCCAGCAGCCUCACAAGAGAUCUGGUGAGAGAGAAAUCGAGAGGUCUCAGUGAAAGAAGAAAUGGCCAGUUCUCAGGGAGUGCUGACAUUCGGGGACGUGGCCAUAGAAUUCUCCCAGGAGGAGUGGGGAUGCCUGAGCCACACGCAGCGGGAACUGUACAGGGACGUGAUGCUGGAGAACUACGGACACCUCCUGUUCUUGGGCUUCAUUCUCUCAAAGCCAGACCUGAUCACGUUUUUGGAGCAAGAGAAGCAGCUCUGGGAUGUGAAGAGAAAGGAGACAGUAGCCUUCCAUCCAGGUAGGGGAGAGAAAACUUACAUUUUUAAGGAAUGUGGUAAAUCCUUUGACUGCCACGUAUCACUAUCUCAGCAUCAGGGAGUUCAUUCUGGAGAGGAAAUAUAUAAAUGUGAAGAAUGUGGUAAAACUUUUAAGGACUGUUCAUCACUAAAUAGACAUAGGCAAGUCCAUACUGGAGAGAAAUCUCACCAAUGUAAAGAAUGUGGCAAGUCCUUUAAGUGGCUCUCAAAGCUUAGUAAUCAUCAGAGAAUUCAUACUGGAGAGAAACCUUACAAAUGCCAAGAAUGUGGCAAGGCCUUUAAAUGGCCCUCAUACCUUACUCAACAUCACAGAAUUCAUACUGGAGAGAAACCUUACAAAUGUCAAGAAUGUGGGAAGGCCUUUAACCAAAGCUCCAAGCUUACUCAACACCACCGAAUUCAUACUGGAGAGAAACCCUACAAAUGUCAAGAAUGUGGCAAGGCCUUUAUCCACCACAAAACCCUCAUUCAGCAUCACAGUAUUCAUACUGGAGAGAAACCUUACAAAUGUAAUGAAUGUGGCAAGGACUUUAACUGGCCCUCAGUCCUUACUGAACAUCAGAGAAUUCAUACUGGAGAGAAACCUUACAAAUGUCAAGAAUGUGGCAAGGCCUUUAAAUGGCCCUCGGACCUUACUCAACAUCAGAGAAUUCAUACAGGAGAGAAACCUUACAAAUGUCAAGAAUGUGGCAAGGCCUUUAACCAAAGCUCCAAGCUUACUCAGCAUCACCGAAUUCAUACUGGAGAGAAACCUUACAAAUGUCAAGAAUGUGGGAAGGCCUUUAACCACCACAAAACCCUCAUUCAACAUCACAGAAUUCAUACUGGAGAGAAACCUUACAAAUGUAAUGAAUGUGGCAAGGACUUUAACUGGCCCUCAGUCCUUAUUCAACAUCAGAGAAUUCAUACUGGAGAGAAACCUUACAAAUGUCAAGAAUGUGGCAAGGUCUUAAGUAGGCAUUUAAGUCUUACUCGACAUCAGAGAAUUCAUACAGGAGAGAAACCUUAUAAAUGUCAAGAAUGUGGCAAGGCCUUUAGGAGGCGCUCAACCCUUAGUCAGCACAAUAGAACUCAUACUGGAGAGAAACCUUACAAGUGUCAAGAAUGUGGUAAGGCUUUUUGCAGCCGCUCAGUCCUUACUAAACAUCACAGAAUUCAUACGAGGUAGAAACCUUACCAAUGUCCUGAAUGUGGUAAAGGCUUUGACUUGCACUCAACACUAUCUCAACAUCAGCAAAUGCGUACUGGAGAGAAAACAUAUAAAUGUGAAGAAUGUGGUAAAAUCUUUAAGUACUGCUCAUCACUAAAUAGACAUAGGCAAAUCCAUAUUGGAGAGAAAGUUUACAUAUGUAAAGAAUGCGGCCAGGCCUUUAAGAAGUUACAACACCUUAUUCAACAUCACAGAAUUCAUAGUGGAGAGAAACUUUACCAAUGUCAAGAAUGUGGCAAGGCCUUUAAUCAUCACUCAGACCUUACUGAACAUCACAGAAUUCAUAGUGGAGAGAAACUUUACGGAUGUAAGGAAUGUGGCAAGGCCUUUAACCGUCACUCAAACCUUACUAAACAUAGCAGAAUUCACAGUGCAGAGAAACCUUACCUAUGUGAAGAAUGUGGCAAAGCCUUUAGAUUUCACUCAAAUCUUACGGAACAUCACAGAAUUCAUAGUGGAGAGAAACUUUACGGAUGUAAAGAAUGUGGCAAGGCCUUUAACCAUCCCUCAAACCUUACUAAACAUAGCAGAAUUCAUAGUGCAGAGAAACCUUACCAAUGUGAAGAAUGUGGCAAAGCCUUUAGAUGUCACUCAACUCUUACGGAACAUCACAGAAUUCAUACUGGAGAGAAACCUUUCAAAUGUAAAGAAUGUGGCAAGGCCUUUAACCAUUCCUCAAACCUUACUAAACAUAGCAAAAUUCAUAGUUCAGAGAAACCUUUCCAAUGUGGAGAAUGUGGCAAAGCCUUUAGAUUUCACUCAGAAUUUACAGAACAUCACAGAAUUCAUACUGGAGAGAAACCUUUCAAAUGUAAAGACUGUGCCAGGGCCUUUAACAAGCGAUCAAACCUUACUAAACAUUACAAAGUUCAUACUGCAGAGAAACCUUACAGAUGUAAAGAAUGUGGCAAAGCCUUUAAUAGGCAAUCAGCCCUUACUCGACAUCACAGAAUUCAUACUGGAGAGAAACCUUACAAAUGUCAAGAAUGUGGCAAGGCCUUUGGCAGACAAUCAAACCUUACUCAACAUUAUAAAAUUCAUACUGGACAGAAGCUAAACAAAUGUGAGGAACGUGGCAAAGCCUUUAAAUUACUCUCAACCCUUGCUCGACAUCACAGAAUUCAUGCUGGAGACAUAGGAGACGCCGUUCUUCAUUAGGUUGGACUCAUGCAUUCCUAUUUUUCCGUAAAAUGACGAUGAAGGAGAGUAUUAUAUAAAAAUAUGCAAAAAAACUAAAUGGGGAUGCUAUUUAUAGUUGUAACACUGAUGUGAGUUACCAUGAAUUAGCUGUUCAGAGCAUUUUAUUCCAUGUAUUAUAAACUGAGGAAGUUCCUGAAUAUUAGAAAUACAAGGUUUUAUAAUUGUUCUUUAAGGAAAAAGAGGUGGCAGUCCAGUAAAGUACUGAUAUAUCUUCUUCGUAAGAGAAAUCAUUAGAGAGUGUGAGGUGAUGUGGUUGAAAUGAAGAAAUUUUGACACACAGCAGGAAGAUAGCUAACUCUUCCCUAGAAUGCCAUACAGUUAUACUCACACAUUUCUUAAGAAUGACCUCAGGCCUAAAAUUUAUGGAAAUCACUACUCCCACAUCUUGAUAGCACUCAAAUGCUUUUUAACGCUUCUAUUCUGUAUUUUGAAAGGUGAUAGUAGAGUGGAUUUGAAAUGCAUAACUUAGUCUUUGUGAACUUAAUAUAUUUUAAUUAAUAAAACAGUAAUUUUAAAAAAGAUUUUAUUUAUUUGACAGAGCAUGAGUGCACAAGCAGGGGGAGUGGAAGGCUGGGAAAGGGAGAAGCAGGCUUCCCACCAAGCAGGGAGCCCAACUGGUGCUCGCUCAAUCACAGCACCCUGGGAUUGUGACCUGAGCCGAAGGCAGAUGCUUAAUUGACUGAGCCACCCAGGUGCCCCAAUACGUAAUUCUUAACAUGCUAACAUGGAUGUGUAAUGAAUGACAUGUUAUCCCACCACCAAUGUGAACCCAUCUCAUUUUAUUGAAGGUAGUCGGUAACUGAUGGUAACUAUCAACUAUUUGGUAAUGGAGUGGAAUAAUAUACCUAGGAGUCCAUUUUCUCAGUGAACUUAAGGUUUAUAUGAUGUGUGAUUAUUUUUACCCUAGUCCAACAUAUGAUUUUCUCCUCUUGGUGAAAACUCCAGUGUUAUUAUGGGUAUAUUAGAGAGGUAUAGAAUGUAGAGGUAUCGUAGUGUGUCGCUUACAUCCUCUGUGCUAUUGCUACUUUGCAUCCAUUUUGUGUAGGCAGUACUUCUGCAGGGGCCUUGAAUGACAUUAGCCAUUCUCACUAGUGCAAUCCCGAGACAACACACCGCAGAGUCCCAAGUUAAUGUUAACUUCUGAUAUGACAUCUUCAUUCCGUCCUUGUGAGCAACCGUCUCUCCUUUUUCCCCAAAGCGUUCCCUUCCAUGUCCCUUGGAGAUGACUCCCACAGAGCUUAACUAAGCCUGCUUUAGUUUGAAUGGCCUAAUCUGUACUUAGUCCUGGGACUCGAAAGCGCUUCACCGUGGCCCCAAGUGAAGCUAUGUGCCCCAUGUCAUAUGUGGAGGUGUUUUCUUCAUGUGUAUAUGAAGUAUCCGUGCUUAUAUGACUGACUGUGUUGGGUGUGUAAUAGAUACCCCAUAAGUAAGAACAACCUAUCCCAGUAAGAGUGAUGUGGUAGCCCAGGUAAGAGAAAAUAUUUAAGAUGAGGAAUGAGCAUGCAACAAGUGUCCCGUGUUGCACAGCAGACUCACUGGAUUUAGAAAAAUACCUUCUACUUGUUUUUUCUCUAGUUUCUCUAAAUCUCCAGUUGUAUGUUUCCUCAUUUAUGUUUCCAGAUACAAAGGCAUCACAACCAUUCUUUUUUUCCUGUGUUUUGCCAAGGAUGUCCUCACUAAACACCUAGUUGAGAUCAGAGUGAUGGAAGGCUAAUGGGUAUUAAUUCGGACAGUCACAGUAGGAUGUGGCAUGUGAGUAUAAGCAAACUUGAAGCACCAUCUUUAGACAGAUAAGGCUAUUACCAGAAAACGUGAAGAACUCUUUCCAAUGUGGGGAGGAGAUUGGAGGUGGCUCACUUUAGUCACUUCAGUGGCACAGGGCAGCUCUUAUUGGCAUCAUCUGAUGAAUGCCUGUAAUGGGGAAAAGGAAUUGGCAAAUGUGGGUUUCUGAGGAGUCGCGAAGUCCUACUUUAUCUUCAUGAAUUGAUUGAAUUCCUGUGUCUUCCUGAGGACUAAUGAUGUUGGAUGUCAAUUACUGAAUUUCCCCAGGCCUAGGUGAGUGGCAAGGGAAAGAUGAGGGUAUUGGAUGAUGCAAUGCAGUUAUUUGGGCAUAGCUUUAAAAUGUCACAUGGCAGAAUAGAUGUUCAAGAUCAAUAAGCUUUCUGAAGAGGAGAAUAGGAUCAGGAAGGCAUGUUCUGCGCUUGCACGCAAACAGUAUCCCAGGUAGAUAGCCCUAAUCAAGGUUCGAUCACUGUAGUUGGGUCAUCCUUCAGGGAAGCUGCUGCAGUGCUCUGCGGGACUGUCUUCCCUUUCCUCAGUGCUGUGAUGAGUAUAGUCCCAGGCUCUGGCGCUGUCCAUGGUAGGGAUUUGUUAGAGGAGCAGUUCAACAGUGAGAGGCAGGAAGCAUUUCUGUUCAAACAGUCCAGCCCAAGUGUUCAUUGACUACAGAAUGAAUAAAGAUUUGGGGUAUAUAGAGAGGGGAAUAUUUAUCAACCUGUAAGUCAUGAAAUCUUGGCAUUUCCACACAUGGAUGGAGGUAGAGAGCAUUCUGCUAAGUGAAAUAAGUCAGAGAAAGUCAAAUACCAUAUGAUUUCACUCAUACUUGGAAUUCAAAAAUCAAAACAAUUGAGCAAUGGGAAAGAAAAAAGGGAAGAGGCAAACCAAGAAACAGACUCUUGACUUUAGAGAACAAUCUGAUAGUUGCCAGGGUGGACAUGGAUAGGUGGGUCCAUUAAAUAAGUGAUGGGGGGGGCUCCUGGGUGGCGCAGUCGUUGGGCGUCUGCCUUUGGCUCAGGGCGUGAUCCCAGCGUUCCGGGAUCGAGACCCACAUCAGGCUCCUCCGCUGA